CCACAAUCUGAGGUAAACCAAGGAAAGAAAACUAUUGUCCUUGAUUUGGAUGAAACCCUAAUUAAAUCAUUCUAUCAAGAGCCUGAAGUUUACGAUUUUUCGAUUGAUAUUGAAUUCCCUCAUAUGGGAAAUCUUAUUCAACAACAUGUAUAUAUUAAGAAAAGACCUGGUUUGGAAAAUUUCCUCCAAACUUUAGCUGAGAAAUUCGAGUUGAUAAUGUUUACAGCAGCAUUGCCAGUUUAUGCUGAUGCAAUUUUGAAACAUAUCGAUCCUAGUGCUGAAUUAUUUUCUCAUGUAUUAUAUCGUCACCAUUGUAAUGGUAGUGGAAUGUUCCCAGGAAAAGAUUUGAGAAUUUUGGGAAGAAAUCUUGAUCAUACUCUCCUCGUUGAUGAUGGUGUGAUGAAUUUCCUUCAACCAAAGAAUGGUCUUUUAAUAAAAUCAUUCAAGGGAGAAGAAGGUGAUAGAAUCUUGGCAGACAUUAUUGCUCCAUUCCUCCUCCAAUUAGAUGAUCCUGAACUUACUGUUUAUGAAAUCAUUGACAAG